AUGAGAAUUACUGCAACUUGCUAUGGUGGAUAUGGAGGAUAUGGAGGAUACGGUGGAUACGGAGGUUAUGGAGGAUGCGGUGGAUGGGGUGGAUACGGAGGAUGGGGUUACUCAUACCCUUCCUUCGGAAUAGGCUAUGCAGGAGGCUACUAUCUUGGUGCCCCUUGGGGAUGGGGACAACAGCAGCAACAGUGCAUAGGACCAUGUGUAAAUCUUCAGUGCCCAGCAGGAUACACAUGCAAUCAAAAUACUAAUCAGUGUUGCCGACAGAUAUUGAAUACUCAAAACGUACGUUGUGGAGUGCUCCCUCAGUGA